UGAGGUGUUGGCCCGGCGCCGUCUGAGACCAAGGAGGAGGAGGAGGAGGAGGAGGAGGAGGAGGUGGAGAGCCGUGCUCCCUCCGCGGUCCGGGCCGAGCCGGCGGGUCAGCCGCUUGCUUUGUCUCUCCAGCUCCGGUCGCGUCUGCUGCGCCGCCUAGGAGGCCGCCCGGGCCCGGCGAGCCGAGCCAAUGCUGGAUCUCGAGGUGGUGCCCGAGCGCUCUCUGGGGAACGAGCAAUGGGAGUUCACGCUCGGAAUGCCUCUGGCUCAGGCAGUAGCUAUUCUUCAGAAGCACUGUCGCAUCAUCAAAAAUGUCCAGGUUCUCUACAGUGAACAGUCUCCUCUAAGCCAUGACCUCAUCCUUAACCUGACUCAGGACGGAAUCAAACUACUGUUUGAUGCUUUUAAUCAGAGACUGAAGGUGAUUGAAGUAUAUGACUUGACUAAAGUAAAGUUAAAAUAUUGUGGCGUGCAUUUUAACUCUCAGGCCAUUGCUCCCACUAUUGAGCAGAUUGACCAGUCUUUCGGUGCAACCCAUCCCGGAGUGUACAACUCUGCCGAGCAGCUCUUCCACCUCAAUUUCAGAGGAUUAUCUUUCUCUUUUCAGUUAGACUCUUGGACAGAGGCUCCUAAAUAUGAGCCCAAUUUUGCCCAUGGUCUAGCUUCCCUCCAGAUACCCCAUGGAGCGACUGUGAAACGAAUGUACAUCUACAGUGGAAAUAGUCUACAGGAUACCAAGGCUCCUGUAAUGCCCCUGAGCUGUUUCCUGGGCAAUGUAUAUGCUGAGAGUGUAGAUGUUCUUCGAGAUGGAACUGGACCCUCAGGGUUACGACUUCGCCUACUUGCUGCAGGUUGUGGACCUGGCCUGUUAGCAGAUGCCAAGAUGCGGGUAUUUGAGCGUUCUGUGUAUUUCGGUGACUCCUGCCAAGAAGUUCUUAGCAUGCUUGGCUCUCCCCACAAAGUCUUCUAUAAGUCAGAAGACAAGGUAUGAGAAAUAUGAAAAAUUCACUCUCCUUCCCCUCAUAAGCAAGUCCCAUCCAAGUGCAAUGACUACUCUUUAACAACUCUCACUCUUGGAGUGGACAUUCUCUUUGAUGCUAAUACUCACAAAGUGAAGAAGUUUGUUCUACACACCAAUUACCCUGGGCAUUAUAAUUUUAACAUUUAUCAUCGCUGUGAGUUCAAGAUCCCACUAGCCAUAAAGAAAGAAAAUGCAGAUGGUCAGACAGAAACAUGCACAACCUACAGUAAGUGGGACAACAUCCAGGAGCUCCUGGGCCACCCUGUGGAGAAGCCCGUUGUCCUGCACAGGUCUUCCUCUCCGAAUAACACCAACCCAUUUGGCUCCACAUUUUGCUUUGGUCUUCAGCGUAUGAUUUUUGAGGUCAUGCAGAAUAAUCACAUUGCCUCGGUAACUCUGUAUGGACCCCCCAGGCCUGGUGCCUAUCUGAGACCAGCAGAGCUCUCCUAGGGAUAUCAUCACCCACGCCCCGCUGCCCUAUCAGACUGUGCAUCACCUCCUGCUCAGUGGGCUGCCAAGUGCCACCCUGUGGGUUUUCUCAGACACCUUGCCUGUGUUGAAGGGCUGUUGUGAUGUUGUGAGGUGGGCUGGGUGCCCUGCACUGAGGUGAGAGGCCCAGAUUUUCCUCUGUCCGUUCUCAGCCUGCUGGUGCCAACAGGAACACAGACUGCAAAGAGAAGCACAAACUCUGAGCCUAGAUACCUGGCCCCAGGAGCUCUUGGCUCACCUUUAUGGAGACAGAGUUCUGUUUCCCAGCCUGUUUCCACUGGGAAGGCACAGGGCUCUUUCUGUGGCUGAGGAAUGGGCAUCAGGACUAGGACAGGUCCUGCCUUUGGCCCAGCAUUGCCACGUACCCUUAAGGCAAGCAGGUAGCAUGUCCAUAGUACUUGGUUGCGACUUUGCACUACAUCCUCUUUAGUUACUUGAUGAGCUGGCUGUAGCCAGCGUGGCUCACCUGCCCUUCCUUGUUUCCUUCCUGCACGUGCUCCCUCACCAGGCCCAAUAAGCAGAGCACGGGGGUUGAAGCCAUUUUCUUCCAUCCAGGUGUGUGCCCAGGCUUGGUUCCCAUCCAUCUUGAAGUCUGUCUUCAAGGUCACCUGUGUCCCCGUCCUGCCACAGUCUGGCUGGCAGGGCUGCAUGUUUCCAUCCUGUUUGCCUCUUUUAUUUAAUGCCAAAGUUUUAGCCAAAGACAUCUUCCUUCUGUUGCGUUUCAACAUUGUCUUCUGCACUGUGGGCUGGCUCCCCUGACCCGACUCUGGGCACUGUCCCCUGGCUGGCCCAGUCAUGUCUCAAGGCCUCUGGGGAUUCAAGGAGGGCCAGGCGGCUCAUUCUCCAGGGGUCUUGCUAAGGAAAGUAGCAAAUGUGCUUUACAAAUAUUAAUCCUUUUGAAAAGAAUUGAGAAGAGAAAUGUAUAAUUUUAUCCCAUUUUUAAUAUUUUGGUCUAGCAACUUGUGAUACAUAGAUGACAAUUUUGUGAGUUUUUCAAAUGUGUGUACAGAAUUUUGUAAAUAUGACUGUUUUGUAAUUAACUCAUGUAUAGCCUCAUCCUGUAUAAUUAUUAAUGAAUGUGCAGGGGACCUACCUGGGCUCCUCUGUGGUUACUGGGCCUAAGCGAGGCUUGUGUGGUGCACCCAUGACUUUUGUGACUGGAGUCUUCCCAUCUGGACUGUGAUCUGGCCAGAGAACCCACACAGCCCACCACGUCAGGGCAGCCAGGACUGUCCUCAGUUCCCGGAAUGGGGGAACCUUCCUCACCCCCUGCCCACAUCUCCUCCAAUAAAGACCUAUGUCCUCAGCAGCUGAGAUGUUGCUGAGAUGUUUGUACUAAAAA